AUGGCUUGCCAUUCCAAUGAUGCUAAAACAGUUGUGAAGUUUUUACAAAAGCACAUAUUCACUAGAUUUGGUAUCCCUCGUGCCUUAAUUAGUGAUGAAGGCACUCACUUCAUAAACAACAUGUUAGAAGAAGUCCUUGACAAGUAUGACAUCAAGCAUAGGGUAGCAACUGCCUACCAUCCUCGAACGAACAGAUUAGCUGAAUUGUCAAAUAGGGAGAUAAAGGGAAUUUUGGCCAAAGUAGUCAAACCACAUAUAAAGGAUUGGGCCUCUAAGUUAGAUGAUGCAUUGUGGGCCUACCGGACUGCUUACAAAACCCCUAUUGGUAUGUCUCCCUAUAAAUUGGUCUUUGGAAAAUCUUGUCAUUUACCUGUGGAAUUAGAGCAUAAGGCCUAUUGGGCCAUAAAGGAACUAAACAUGAGUUUAGAUGAGGCCGGAAGAAAAAGGACUUUGCAGCUUUGUGAACUGGAAGAACAUAAGAAUUUUUCCUAUGAAAAUGCUAAGCUUUACAAAGAAAAUACCAAAAAAUGGCAUGAUAAAAAGAUUCUUCCAAAAGAGUUCAUAGAAGGCCAAAAAGUCUUGUUGUUCAAUUCAAGGUUAAAAUUAUUUUCAGGCAAGCUAAAUUCCUGA